AUGAUAAUACGCAUGGUACGAGUAAACCGUAAGAAAAGCCUAGUUCAAAACGAGUUUGAAACCGAAGAGUGCUGUGUGGUCGUACAGUCAGGAUAUCAAAAGUCCGAGAAGAAAAUGGAAGAUGAACGGGGAAAAACCGCAUCUGGAAUCAAGGUAGAAAACAGUGGGAAAGCAGAUCAGGUUGUGAAAAGCUCCGUGAAAGAUGUAAGAGAGCACUCUGUCAGCUUACCGAGACGAGGAGGAUGA